AUGCCCAAGGUCUUGCCAGCCUUCGAUCGUCUCUGGGACGCUCUACCGGAUCACGCCCACGACGACAAGUUCGACUGGGAUCAGUUCGACAUCCCCCGUCGCGCCAUUAACAUUGCGCGCAGGAUCGUCGUUCUCCAUGGCUUGGAGGCCCUGGAGAACAUGCUCGACGAUGAUGUUCGCCUACCGCCGCUCGGUGCCGUAUCUAUCGCACCGGGUUUCGUCUCCGCGUGGGCUUUGCUUGUCGCUCCCGACCAGGCCUUCACCAAGCUCACUAUCAGCCACCUGCGCCACGCUUACCAGUUCACUGACGAGGACGGCACGUCGACCUGGUGGCUCUAUGGAGCCAAGCUUCCUGAGAUUGAAAUGAUAGCCCGCGUUGUUGAAUGGCGUCUUACGCCUGAUGGCCUUGAGGCUGUCAUCGAAGACAGGUACGGCAGGGAAAUCACUGCGACCUGGAGCACGGACUCCUAUCCCGUGCUUGCUCCUCCUGCUCAGUGA